AUGGGUCACGAGUGCCAGGCCGAAGCCUGCGCGAUCCAGGACUGCCUCACCCGCAACAACUACAACGACGCCAAGUGCCAGGACCGUGUUCGUGCCCUGUACGCAUGCUGCGACGCAAUGUACAAGCGCGGCGCUGCCCAGGGCAAGUCUGAAGCCGAGACCAAGAGCGACUCGUGUCCUCUUCUCUCUGUCGUCAAGCGCAAGAUGAAGCAGUUUGAACAGUAG